AUGGUUUCUCCGAAGAUCAUCCUCUACACCUACCACGGCUGCCCCUAUGCGCACCGUGCCCAUAUAGCCCUGAAGGAGACAGGCCUUGACUACGAAGAGGUCAUUGUCGACAUCAAGAAGCCUCGUGAGCCUUGGUAUCUCGAGAUCAACCCGCGCGGCCUCGUGCCUGCCAUUUCCUACAACGGCGAGAUCCUCAUAGAAUCGGCUAUCGUCGCACAGUUCAUCGCUGAUGCUCACCCCUCUCACCUCCUCCCCCCGUCCGGCCCCGCAGAGAACGCCCUCUACCGCGCGCGGGUGAGCCUCUUCGCCGACGCUUUCAGUAGCAAGGUUAUGCCGAAUGUGAUGGCUGGUGUUAGAGCUGCUUCGCAGGAGGAGCGUGAGGCCGCUGGUGAUGCGUUGGUUGAGGCUGUGGCUAAGGAGAUUGAGCCGUUGUUGAGCAAUGAAGGCAAGGGACCGUUCUUUGGUGGGAGUGAGAAGUUGACGUUUGCUGAGGUCCUCACCGGUUCAUUCCUCCUCCGGAUCUUGGCUUUCACGAAGCCGGAACAUAAUCUGAAUAGCACCAGAGUCCCAGGCCUACUGAAGGAAAAGGCACCCAAAUUCUUGCGCUGGGCGGAGGCUACUGUCGCUCAAGAGAGCGUCAACUAUAUCUGGAAUGAGCAGGCUGUGGUGGAACACACCAGGGCCAAGUUUGCGCAUAAGCCGUGA